AUGACUGAUACAACAACUACUGCUGUUUCAGCCCCCAGUUCUAAUAUCGCCACAGCUACUAAUGUCACGUCGACUAAUGGACCAUCCUCAAACAGAGCAGCCCCUACAAAGGCACUCAAAAGAAAGAAGAACCAGGAUGGCGAUGACGAUGACGAUCUGGAAGAUAACGAAGUUCAAUUGGAGGCUGCUAUUAAACGAGUAGCUUUGGAAGAUGAAGAGGAUUUUGAUUCGAGAGAUAACAUGAACGAUACAUCAAAAAAUAUAACUUCUGUUGUAUCGAAAUCUAGUACAAACACCAACACUGAAACUAUUAUCCAUUUACGUAUCUUAUGCCUGGUUAGUCAGGCAUCAUUAGUGGUGGGACACCAUGGAAGAACUAUUGCCAAGAUUAAACAAACCACUCAAACUAGAGUCCAUGUUUCAGAUAAUGCUCGUGGUGUACCUGAACGUGUGGUUCAUAUUAGAGGGUCUUCUCAAGAUGCUUCUUUUGCAGUUGGAUUAAUUGUUAGAGCUAUAUUGGGUGAUAAUUCAAUAGUAAAUGAAAAUCAUAAUCCACAUGAUAUGUUCCCCAACCAAUCCAUAAUGAUGACUCCACUAACUUUACAUCUUUUGAUCCCACAUCAUUUGGUAGGCUGCAUCAUUGGUAGAGGCGGCAACCAUUUGCGUGAAAUUGAAAGUUUUAGUGGAGCACGCCUAUUUGCCUCGCCACAACAAUUGGUUGCAUCCAAUGAUAGAUUGUUAAGUAUCACAGGGAACUCAGGUUCCAUUAAAAUCGCUACCUAUCAUAUUGCUGAAAGUUUAUUAAACGCAAAUAAUCAAUUGAAAAAUAGAAAUACCGUGUUUUAUCAACCUUCCCCAAUGUAUUCUGUUUUAAUGAACUCUACAAUACACCCAUUACCAAAUAUUAACAGCAACAACAAUAACAACAACCCCACCAACAACAACAUGCCAAUUAACCACCCAAACUCCAAUAAUCAAAUGCAAUACCACAACAAUACAAGAAGGAGCCACCUUCAUAAUGCCAUGCUACAACAACAACAAUUACCACUACCUAUUCAAAUCCCAAUGCCUCUUCAAAUGCCUCUUCAAUUGCAAACUCCUCCCCCUCCUCCAUCUCAAUUACAAAAUGGUAAUAAUAAUAUGAAUAAUAAUAACAAUAAUAACAACAACAAUUGGAAUUAUCCUCAACCUCUUAAUAAUUUACAAAUACAUUUUAAUAAUAAUUCUUCUUCCACUACACCUACUUAUAUUAAUAAUAAUAAUAAUAACACCACCAAUAAUACUAAUAAUAACAGUGGCUUGCCAAAUUCUAAUAAUUCUGCUUCUAAUAAUCAUUCAUUUAAUAAUAAUAACAUUUCCUCCAAUAACACUAUGUCGUACAAUAAUAACAAUAUAAAAUCGAAAAAGGAAACAAUUCAUGAUAAAGACAAUGGUGAACAAGAUGAAGAAGAAAAGGAAGAAGAAGAAGAAAAAGAAGAAGAAGAAGAAAAUGAAGCCAUUCCUAGCACUCACAAUAGUUCUACAAAUUUAAAUAAUCAAAUAAAUUCAAAUCAAAAUGAUAGAAAUGAUAAACAAUUUGAUAACAAAGAAAAUAUAAAUGAGAGUUCAAGUGUAAAUUAUGAUAAUGAUAAUAACAAUAAUACAACAAAUAUACAAAAAAAUAACUUGUACUCAGAUGAAGAAGACGGUGAUAAUUCUUCAAUUUAUUCAUCAUCAACAAAUAUGAACCGUAAUAAUUCACAAUACAUUAACAAUAAUAGACUAUUUAAUCAUCAACAGCAGUUUUUAAAUCAUAAUAAUAACCAACAAUUGUAUUAUACUAAUUCAAACACCCCACAAUUCACUCCAAACUAUAUGAUCCCUCAUAUUCAAAUAAUGGAUAACCCUGUACCAAUAAUUGAUAAUAAUUCUAACAAUAGUAUGAAUAUGAAUAAUAUAUCAACUCCAUCAUUAAACAACCACCCAGCUCCUAACAAUGAUUCAUCAUUUAUACUUAGACAAGACAUCUAUAUUGAUGAAUACUUUGUAGGUAAUGUCAUUGGAAAAGAAGGCAAACAUAUCAAUUCAAUCAAAGAAACCACUGGGUGUUCCAUCUUUAUAGAUAAGCAGCCUAUAAAAUACAUGAAUAAAAGAAAAAUAUCUAUGAGAGGCACAAUUGUAGGAUUGAAUACCGCUAUCAUUUUAAUUAACAAUAGAAUAGAGACUGAUAGAUUGAGCAAUAUUAAUAGAAAUAAUAGUAACAGUAGCAGCAACAAUAAUAUCAACAACUAUAAUGGGUGA